UGGCGAAUAAACUGGGGUGGUCAUUGGGUCAGUUCUUUGUUAGACUUAUAGAAAAUCAGGUUACGAUCCACUUCAAUUGACAAAGUAUCCUGUAAUGAAGACUGAGUAGAAUCCAUGUACGGUAAAAUGGAACACUUACAAAUAACAGGCAAACAAUUCAAAACAGUAACACAAGGGGUAAAUAAUGAGGCAAGCAAAAGGUUCAGCAACAAUUAAAACAGGCAAAAUAACUUAGAAUGCAGAAAAUUCUUAUGAUACUAGGAUUUGAGUUCACUUCAUGUAUACAAAUGUUAUAACAGUAUAGACUGUUCAGAAAGGUUAGUUUUACAUGCUUGUACAUUCCAUAGUACCUCAGGGUAUGAGUGAAUUGGAGUGAAUUAACAGAUUUCAGAUUUUAAUAUACAGUCCCUCACAAGCCUAACCAACACUUCAAUGCAGACUUCCCCUUUUUUGGACUGAUGUUUUAAGACAGUACUUUUUCUAGACUAUUUAAUUUAACAGAAAACAGAUCAAGGCUUUCCUUAGUUUAAGGAAUCAUCAACUCAAAGCUCAGCAUUACAACAUAGAGCUACUGAGGCAGAUACAGGAGGUGCCAUUUUCAAAGAGCAUUUAUUCACAACUUGGCACACAAGUUGUCCAGGUUGUCCAGUUGUGCCCGAAUGUAGAGGGAUCUGAUUGGCCAGGGACAGGAGUCCAUUAGAGGAAGAACAAGAUAGGGCAAAAUAUAUUGUUUUGGGCUCGAUUAAGAAGAAAAUAUUGACAACGUACAGUAGUUCAAAUUGAUUUUGGACAAAUUGGUCAAAUUGGACAAUAAAGAGGGUCACUAAAUAACUCAUUAUAUGGAUGUUUUUUCUGUUUUAAAUAUGUUUAUUUUUUAUUCUUCUGUUGUGGAUUUGUAAGUAUUAUGAAAAAACACAGCUCUGUGUCAAGUCUCCAUUAGGAGGAGAGACUACAAGAAGCCAAUGUUACAGACUGACUGCAGUGUGUUUGCUGGUGCUGUGUGUUCUUCUGAUGACUGCAAUCACAAUUCAGUGGAUCAAAUUCAACACACUUGAUGCUGAAAGCCGCCAGUUAGAGGAACAGGAGUUCCUCAGUAAAUUGCGGUGCAGCAGAAAAGCCUGGAUUGGUCUAAAUGACAGAGAAUCUGAGGGAGUGUGGAAGUGGUCGGAUGAUACACCACUGACCACUGGGUACUGGGGACAUGGUGAACCUAACGAUAAAGAUGAGCACUGUGUUAUCACAGGUGAAAAGUCAAAUUCUCUCUGGACCUGGGCUGAUUAUCCCUGCCAUCAUGAGUUUAUUUGGAUCUGUGAGAAGACAAUCUUUAUCUAACAAAAAGCAUUCAACUGAAUUUACAUUGUUACAUUAUUGUGUCUGAAAAAUCCUCAGCAUCAUAAUUUUGCCUGUUUUUCUAGCAGCGACAU